AUGGUUCACAAUUUUCUUGCUACUGGUGAGUUUGAAGAGGGCUGCGGUGAUGCUAACAUUGUCCUAAUCCCGAAGAACAAGAAGCCCGAGAACAUGACCCAACUUCGGCCAAUAGCUCUGUGUAAUGUGUCCUAUAAAAUCAUAACUAAGGUUGUGGUUAAUCGCAUGAAGCCUUUCAUGGACAGAGUGGUGUCGGAGAAUCAAAGCGCCUUCAUACCAGGUAGACUCAUUUCAGAUAAUGUGCUUAUUUCUUUUGAAGUCUUACAUUAUUUGAAGAGAAAGCGGAAAGGGAAAGAUGGUUUCAUGGCGUUAAAGCUUGACAUGAGCAAAGCCUACGACAGAAUAGAAUGGAAUUUCCUUGAAGCCAUGCUCCGUAAGCUAGGCUUUGAAAACUGGUGGACCAGGCGUCUAGUGAAAUGUGUUUCUUCAGCGUGCUAUACAGUGAUUCAUGGUAAACACGAAAUUGGCCCCAUCAUUCCUUCAAGAGGCAUUAGACAGGGAGAUCCAUUAUCACCCUAUCUUUUUAUCCUAUGUGCUGAGGGCCUUUCAGCGAUCCUUAGAAGAUACGAAGCACGUGGUUUACUACAUGGUUGCAAAGUUGCAAAUGGUGCCCCCCGGAUAUCGCAUAUGUUAUUUGCGGAUGACAGUUAUCUUUAUUGUAAGGCAACUAUGGAAGAAAUUACAAGAGUACAAGAGGUGUUGAGUAAAUUUGAAGAGGCUUCAGGUCAGAAAGUUAACUAUUCUAAGUCUUCUAUUUUCUUCAGCACUAACACAACUUUGGCAACUCGUAACAAUAUUAGCCAAAGACUCGGCAUGACUAUAGCAGGGACGAAUAGUCUAUAUCUUGGACUUCCCAGCACUAUAUCUCGCAACAAGACAGCUGUUUUUGGUUACUUAAAAGAGCGUGUUCGAAAACGAAUUGAAGGUUGGGAAACAAAAUUCCUUUCUCGGGCAGGAAAGGAGAUUUUAAUAAAAACCGUGGCUCAGUCUCUACCAAGCUAUGCUAUGAGCGUGUUCCUAAUUCCAAUCGACAUUACUCGAGAAAUGGAGAAAAUUAUGACAAAGUUUUGGUGGCAAUCUUCUAACAAGUCAGGGAAAGGGAUCCAUUGGCUUUCUUGGGACCGAUUAUGUACUCACAAGAAACAAGGGGGUAUGGGUUUUCGUCACCUUCGUGACUUUAACUUGUCUCUUCUUGGCAAGCAAGGUUGGCGACUCCUAGUGCAACCCGACUCUCUCGUGGCCAAGAUUUUUAAGGCUCGCUACUACCCCAACAACUCUUAUCUUGAUGCCUCUCUAGGUAACAAUCCUAGUUUUGUUUGGCGUAGUGUAUGGGAAGCUCAACAACUUGUAAGGAAAGGGCUUCGUUGGUGUGUAGGGGAUGGAACCGAAAUCAAUGUUCUUCACGAACCAUGGCUGCCUUGCUCUGAUAAUCCUUAUGUCUCUACUUCUCAUCCUAGUUUAAUUGAUGCUAAAGUCCAUAGCCUAAUGAAGAUGAAUGACACAGGUUGGGAUAUGGAAAUUUUAGAAGAUUUAUUUGAGGAAAGAGAUAGAAGAUUGAUAGUGCAAAUUCCCUUGCAACAAUCGGCUGCUAAAGAUACAUUGACAUGGGCAUAUGAAGCUUCGGGUAUAUACUCAGUCAAAAGUGCCUACAAGCUCCUCCAACAAGUUAAUGGAAGAUGGGAUAAUGAUGUAGAUGCUGCAUCAACUUUCUGGACUACUAUGUGGCGUCUAAAAAUCCCUCCAAAAGUGAAGAAUACUCUAUGGCGUGCGGGUAAGAACUGCCUUCCUACUCUUUGUAUGCUGCAAACAAAGAGAGUUAAUGUUAACUCUCUCUGCCCGAUUUGUAGAGAGGAAGAAGAGACUAUAUUACAUGCCUUGGUCACUUGCUCACACAUAAAACCGGUUUGGGAUCGGGUUGGGAUUGGUACAAAUAUCACCCCCGAUAUCACUCUUUUUCUUGACUGGUGCAUUCGGGUUUUUACUGGUGCCGAUUCAAGUAAAAGAUGUCUAAUUGCAACACUUUGUUGGGCGAUUUGGAGUACACGAAAUGAUUUUGUUUGGCAAAAAAAGGUGGUAAAUGCUGACGGAAUUGUAGUGUUAGCUAGAGGUUAUCUUGAUCAAUGGACAAAUGCUCAAAGCACUCUCAUUGAGUCAUCAUGGUCUGGUUUUCAGACGGGUGAUGGGGUUGAGCAAUGGUCCGCUCCAAGUGAAAAUAGUAUCAAGAUCAAUGUUGACGCUGCUCUUUUUGAAGAUGGAACCAGCCACGGGAUCGGUAUGGUAGCUCGCGACCAUCACGGUUUCCUAAUCGAAGGCCGAACUGAACACUUCCAAGGGGCUGCUACUCCGGAAAUCGCUGAAGCAAUCGGGGUCUGA